GUGCGGGAUCAGGGCUCCGGCUUCACCGUCCCCGUCACGGUUUAUAUAUAUAUUAGCACAGUUAUCCAUCCAGUCCGUGCGGGCGGCGUCUUCAACCCCAGUUUACGAUGAUCCAAAACAGGCCCGGGCCAGAAAUCUUCGGCUCGUUUGCCUGAUAAAUGACUAAAAUGACUGAUAUGUCGUCAGGAUGGCGGUUAAUUAAUUCCCCGUCUACCGGUUAUUUUACAAAUUCUUUGUGCAGCACUGAAUCGGAUGCUUUUCUGGUUAUUAGACCUUUGUGAAAACCGAAUGGGCCCGAAUGUUAAAACUCCACCCCGGGUUAAAAUGACAUGUUUCACAAAGGGAACGUGUCAAAAUGCGCGAACACACACACACACACGCACACACACACACACACACACACACACACACCCCGAUACUUGGUGCUUCUGAGACAGGACGAACUGAACCACCGAUCGCUCUCGGUCGGUAACGCCCUCAUUUUGAAAUUCUUAAGCGGAAGCGGCGCAUUUGCAUACCGGCCGACUUGACCGGCUCCCAGCUCCUCACCCAGGGCUCGGCGGUAACGUGAGCGCAGACGUGCAGGACCGGCCCGAGAGGCGUUUCGCAAGACCCGGCGCCGACCGAUUUCUGCUCUCGAGUCCAGUCGCCGGAGAGGCAGGAGCCCGCAGUCUGUGCAGAAGAAGCGGCGGCGGAGAGCGCCUCACCUCAGCCUGCGUGUCACGUCGCACCGCAGGCACCCGGCUCCGACAACUUUCAGCCCGCGGCGGACUCGCACGGUGUCCCAGCGCCGGUCCCCAUUUAUUCCAAGAUUGCCGCGGCCGUUAAAAUGCCUUUCAUCGAGAACCUGUCGGACACGGACUUGGAGCGUUUGGCUCUGGAGCGGGUGGUCCCGGCCCUGCUGUCCUGCGGCUUCUGCUACGUGGACGGUCUCCUCGGGCAGCUGGCCGGGGGCGCCGUGCUGGACCAGGUGAAGGAGAUGCACCGCUCCGGAGCGCUGCAGGACGGCCGGCUGGCCGGCUCCGUCCCCGGCGUCCACCGGAGGAGCAUCCGCGGGGACAAGAUCGCCUGGGUGAGCGGGUCCGAGCGCGGCUGCGAGGCGAUCAGCUUCCUGCUCAACCUCAUCGACAAGCUCAUCUCCGUGUGCGCCGGCCGGCUCGGGAACAAGUCGAUCCGGGAGCGGUCCAAGGCCAUGGUGGCGUGUUACCCCGGAAACGGAGCAGGUUACGUCAAACAUGUGGACAACCCGAACUUAGACGGACGCUGCAUCACCUGCAUCUACUACCUCAACAAGAACUGGAACGCCAAGGAGCACGGCGGCGUCCUCAGGAUCUUUCCUGAAGGCAAAUCCUACGUAGCCGACAUCAAACCGCUUUUUGACCGGCUGCUCUUCUUCUGGUCCGACCGAAGGAACCCACAUGAGGUGCAGCCCUCCUACGCCACCAGGUACGCCAUCACAGUCUGGUAUUUUGAUUCCGAGGAGAGAGCCGAGGCCAAGAGACGCUUCAGAGACUUGACAGUGUCCACCGGGCAGCAGGGCAGCAGCUCCAGCUGAUGGCGAGGAAACGUUGCCACCCGGUGUUCGUCACCCUGAACUGCAGGAGAGGACGGCAGGGUUCCUUCUGGCUCUCAAAUCCACUGGAAAAGCUGAAAGAAAAGGAGUGGGGGAGGAAAAAAAAAAACGUCGUUUCACUCUGUCCUGGACUCUGGAGGAAUCGAGAGGGGUUUUAAGUCUUCGGCUGAUUAAUUUGCAUUCCCUCAUCCCUCCGGCCAGUGUCCAGGCCGGAGAGAACGACCUGCCUGCGCUGCUCUGAACGCUGCUGAGAACUGAUGAAUGAUGAGCUCGGGGGACCGGCAGGCGCCUGGGACUUUCCCUGCUUUACGUGAUGUCCGUGCAAUACCCUCUCUGCUGAUUUCUACUGCUGGGCUGGAAGGAAACGGCAGACUGCACCCUUUUAAGCUUCGCCUUCAACUUGCUUCAGACAAGAGAAAACGGGAGAGAUGGCGAGCUUCACCGAGGUUUACGGACAGAGAGAAAAUAGAGACGCGAUGCCGUCAAAGCCUGUGCCAGAGAAAUAUUUCAUACUGGAACACGUUCUUUCUACGUCUGGUGUCACGGGACCUCACGAGGCCCAAGCAACGUGGGCUGGAACACCCGCCGACGUAAAAGUUCAUUUCACCUCCAUGUGUUAAAUCUGGAAAGUUACUUGCGAGACUCCUACCACACGCGUGGGAAAAAACGCUAGCGCGGGCCGGUGGCGGUUGAAUGACGACAGAUAGAGGCGGGGUUAGUUGGUGGGACGACGACGACGGCGACUGAAAGUUGAUAAACCAACAGCACAACAUGAGCAUCCAAGCAGUAGGUCUGGGUAGCGAACCCUCAGAGGACACUGGAUAUUUUAGGCCCCGCGUUUGUACUAAUCAGUGCUGGAACGUUACCGAGUACAUUUACUCCAGUUUGAGAAACUUCACCCGAGUGUUUUCUUUUCAUCACAUUUUCUACAUCUACUCCACGUUUAUGUGACAGUGUUUUGAGAGCUUAUAAAUUGUGACGCUCUCUCGUAGAUUAAAGUAGCCAACGGUAUAUUUCAUCGUGACGGUGUCGCUUUGGGCCCUCGGUAAUUGUGUCUCACUAUUUUCUGAUCCUUUACUUAAGUAAAAGUACUAAUACUGCGCUGUGUGAAAAAUAAUAAUAA